AUGCCUGCGACAUUACACACUAGCCACAUAAAAUCAUUACCCUUACUACACAACGGCAAAGUAAGAGACAUCUACGACAUCGACGAGAAUUACAUGUUGAUUGUUACCACAGACAGAAUCUCGGCAUUUGAUGUCAUUAUGCCUACACCAGUGACAGGCAAAGGAAUCAUCCUUAAUGAUGUAACACAAUUCUGGAUGAACAAAUUAUCGCAUAUCAUUCCCAAUCAAAUGUGUGAUACCAAACUCGAAGAUGUAUUGCCUGACGCGGCAGAAAGAGCAGAAGUAACUAAUCAUGCAAUGGUCGUUAAAAAGCUAAAAGCACUGCCUGUGGAAGCAAUUGUCCGCGGUUACAUUAUCGGUUCUGGCUGGAAGGAUUACCAAGCAACAGGCGCCGUAUGUGGGAUUGAGCUACCCAAAGGCAUGCAAUUAGCCGAUAAAUUACCAAAACCAAUAUAUACCCCUUCAACAAAAGCCUCUGUUGGCGCACAUGACGAAAACAUAGACUAUAGUCAAUCAAGAGACUUGUUAGGUGCUGAUAUCGCCGAGCAAGUUCGUGAUGUGAGUUUGCAGCUAUACCAAGCU